AUGGCCUCGCCACCACCUCGGAUGACGCGCAGCACACCUCGGCCGCUCGCAAGACGAAGCGCGGCGUCGCCGCCGACAUUAGCAAGACGACCUUUCUCCUCCUCAGCGCCUCGGAGCGCGACGGUCUGCGUGCAGAACCCGCUCAAGGAUGACGACGGCAACGACAUGAAGCUGGAGAUAACCACCCGGGCCGCAAAGCGCCUUUCGGAAAUCAUGACCAAGGACGCGAACCCAAACCUCGCCCUGCGCAUCCAGGUCGAGAGCGGCGGCUGCCACGGCUUCCAGUACCUGAUGAGCCUCGUCACGAUACCCCCGCCGGAGGCUGCCGAUUCUGCCGCCGCUGUCGCCGAGGACGAUUCCAUCUUCCAAUACGUCGGCGAGGACCCGACCGUCGGUGACAAGUACGACUGUGCCCGCAUCAUACUCGACGAGCCCUCGCUCGACCUGCUCAAGGGCAGCAAGGUGGACUUCACAAUGGAGCUUAUCGGCUCACAGUUCAAGAUUGUGGACAACCCGCUGGCCACGAGCAGCUGCGGCUGUGGGACGAGCUUUGACAUAAAGAUGUAA